UGGGUUGCCAGAAAGUUUUAGCAGAGACUAUAUGUUUGACUUCGCCUUUUACAAAAUCUUUACAAAAGCGACUUGCUGUUUUACAACGAAUCUAUUCGGCUGUAUCAAGCAAAUAUCAUGACCAGAACAAAAGCAACAUUGAAGAGCCGUCGUUAGAUGCUGACAAAACAAAUGACAAUGGCAAGUUUGCUGGGGAUAAGACAAAAUGUGGUUCUGAGGUUCUUAUUGAAAUGGGCAUUAAGACCGGGUUGAGUUUGUUGUUCUCAUUACUGAGACAGAAUUGGAUCCUUGCCCCUCAUAUUGACAACGUUUGCUUAUGCGAUGACGUCUUCCAAACAGCCGUUGACGUCGUCACCAAACUACCCCCACUGUCCCUUGCUAAUGAGAUAAAGGUCACGCCACUCGGGAUGGAGACCUUAAAUCAAGUGACCAACUUCCUGCGGAGUACAAUCGGACCAGCGUCCAGUGCUAACUUGGUCGGUCAACAGCUGGCUGCUGAACUCAUGUUAGCAUUGGCCGCCCAGAGGGGAUCUUUACGCUAUCUGUUAGAGUGGGUGGAGGUCGCCCUGCAAGCUUAUGCUGCUUCCAUGAAAUCUGAUGACCAUUCCCAGAGAUCGACAAACAUCCAUUACGAUUUCUUCAUGGAUAUAAUCCAGCAGAUGGUUCAGUCCGUUGGUGGCGCUGAUAAGUUCCUUGCUGUAAAGAAAAAACCCACAAAAGACGAGAAUGGAUUGAUUUCUUUGUAUGAUGCUGCCAUGUACCUGAUGGAACAGGUUUACCACUUGGCUGUGCAUUAUGCAAGUACGUGCAUGAGUCCCGAUGAAAACCGCAAUACAGAAGGUAACUCAUCUGUAUUUGGUGCCAACUGUGAGGUGUAUGUGUGGGGCAGUAAUAGCAGCCACCAGCUGGGGGCGGGCAGCCAGGAGAAGGUGACCACUCCGAAAUUAACAUCAGCUUUUGGAGAUUGUCAACAGAUUGAAGCUGGCCAGUUUUGCACGUUUGUUGUCCACAAUGAAGGAUCAGUAGCUGCCUGUGGUAAAGGAAGUUAUGGGCGUUUGGGGCUUGGAGAUUCCAGCAACCAGGCCGUCCCAAAGAAGCUGACCUUUGACCCGAAAUCUCAAAUUAAAAAGAUCUCGUCAUCCAAAGGAUCAGAUGGUCACAGUUUAGCAAUGUCAACAGAUGGACAGGUUUUCAGUUGGGGAGAUGGCGACUACGGUAAACUUGGACAUGGAAACACAGUGUCCCAGAAAUAUCCCAAACUGAUUCAAGGACCAUUGAGUGGCAAAGCGGUCAAGUGUGUGUCUGCUGGUCAUCGUCAUAGUGCCUUUGUGACUGAAGAUGGAGAACUGUACACCUGUGGUGAUGGAGAUUAUGGACGAUUGGGACAUGGUGACAGCAACAGUAAGAACGUACCAACAUGCAUCAAAGAUGUUUCUGGAGUCGGCCAGGUAGCCUGUGGCAGUUCACACACCAUUGCUGUGUCCCAAGAUGGUAAAACAGUUUGGUCGUUUGGCGGCGGAGAUAAUGGAAAGUUGGGACAUGGAGACACCAAUCGCCUCUAUAAGCCAAAAAUCAUUGAAACUUUCACUGAGUUUUACAUCCGGAAAGUCGUUUGUGGGACGCAGUCUUCGUUAGCAUUGACAUCUUCUGGACAGGUGUAUGCGUGGGGGUGCGGUUCAUGUUUAGGGUGUGGCUCCCCUGAGUACACUGCACUGCGGCCUCGACAGAUAGAAGAGUUCCAGAGUACCUGCAUUGCUGAUAUAGCUUGUGGUGAUACGCAUUGUUUGGCUCUCACACAUGAGAAUGAGGUGUAUGCCUGGGGCAACAACACAAUGGGUCAGUGUGGCCAAGGACACGCUCACAGCCCCAUCUCUAAGCCAAAGAAGGUUAUCGGGUUGGAUGGAGUUAGUAUUCACCAGAUAUCAGCAGGAACAUCACACAGUAUAGCAUGGACAGCUCUACCCACCGACAGGAAUGUUAUUGCAUGGAAUCGGCCAUUCUGUGUCGACUUACAAGAAUCCACCUUUCUCUUACUGCAUACAUUUCUUGAACACUAUUGUGAUGACGUCAAUGGGUCUGCACCACCACCGCCUUUCACCACCAAACAAGAUCAUUGUCAUUUCAUUCAGUUGUGUCUGAAUAUUCUGGGGACUCAUCUGUCCCUUGCUCAAGCUAGUGGAGUCUCAAAGGGAAUACUUGGAGAUCAUUCUCGACCAUUCCGUAAUCUGCUCUUUCGACUGCUAGAUAUCGACACCCCCCCCAUCAGUACAACAGGCUGUGAUAGAGACUUUAUCAAUUGGAGCACCAUUAUUGUUACCACCAUUAAAGGAGAGGAUGGAACUACUUCAUUCCCUGCUUCCACAAGGCAGUGAUAGAUGGGACACACUAUCUAGAGGCCAGCGUAUGCAACUUGACAUCAUUCUUGCCAGUCUCCAAGACAAUUCUCACAUCGCAUCCCUUCUUGGAUUUGCUGAGCCUUUCGAUUCUACCGUUUCUGCCAGUCCAG